ACACGUGGAAGGCGGGGACCAGCUUUUCAGCAACGAGGAGACCCACUCUUUCAGAACUCACAUUGAAUCUCAUCAGAUUUUUACCCCCAGGAGGUCCCUGGGGGAUAAACUACUGACAUCAGCUUUCUCUUCUCCUCUUCCGGGACGACUUGUGGGGAGUCCUCAGCCAGGGACACUUUGCAGGCAUCGUCAGGGGUCCGCCGGGUGUGGAGUUCCCGGUCGGGGUGCCCAUGGGUGGCCGUGGCUGAGGAGUCUUGUGUCUGCAGGGCCACAAUUCUUCAGGGCAAACGUCCGACCCUGUUGGUCCUGACUGGCCACGUGGCUCACGAAGGAAAAUGCUCUGAGCUUUGCAGCAGAAACGACCACUCAGGGCGGCCACGCGCAACCCCAGCAAGACCCAGAAAGAGCUAUUUCCAGAGAAGUUUCUCUUCGCGCGCGGGACACAUGGGUUCAUUCUAAUGACUGAGAGGAGGGCGGGCCCUCUGGGGACUCGGGUCUCUGCGUGCACGGCUCUCGGCACCGCGCCUCUUGGCCCUGCCUUUACCUACAAGGGUGCCGCCCCCAUUACCCCAGGACCCCAAGGCGCGGCCAACCGACGGUUCCGCCAGGCGGAUGGGCCUCCGCCCCCGCGCCGAGGCCAGGAGUCGCUCAGAGAGCGGGGACUCUCGCCCGCACCCAAGCAGCUGGGCCGGAGAGACGCCCACUCCACACGCCCUGCGCCACGGGAACGGACCCGCGGGAAGCGCCACCUCUGGGGACAGGCUGCGGUCUAGGGCCCCGCCCGCCCCCGCCCGCCCUGCCUCCUCCCCCAGCGGACCUCUGAACAAUGUCCAGCACCAACGAAUGCGCCCCUGGAGCCCCGGCCUCAACUGUCCCCUCUGCCUCCGGAGGCACCUACCGCGCACAGGGGACGUCGGGGACCCGGCGGGCUCCCCCAAGCUCGGAGGAGGAACCAGACAGCAGAGCACCCGGCCCUGAGCAGCAGCUGCAGCCAGGAGCCCCUCCGCCUCUCCCGCCGCUGCCCCCAGCCCGAGGCUGCUCUCCUUGGGAACUGGCCCUGGAUGGGGACCCCAGAGCAUCAGCUGACUUCAGGAACAAGCCCAGAGAGCGUCCCCCGGAAGACAGAACCUCUCUCCAUUGUAGAACUAACACCAGCAAACUAUGGCCAUUGCUGAGUGAACCGGUGAACGAGGACCCACCUGGACACACGCGUGUGCUCUGAAAGCCUGUUUACAUGCGGGAGAAAGUGCAACUAGGUCAAAGACUCUACCAGGUGGCGUGUGAUCGGCAUUUUACCCAGAGCUUGUAAUAAUAGCCCACAGCAUAGGUAGGCAGUAGCUGCCAAUAUUGCUGGUUUUAUUAAAUGCACCCAACCUGCUUACUUACUGCUUAUGUUUGCUUUGGGAAGGAUAGAAAAAUAAAAUCUUUAUGAAUUAAGAUCUUAAAAA